AUGGCAGAAAUCACCUUUACCGCUCCUGUGCCUUUACCUGCAAACAUGGCAUUCGUUGGCGGAGCGACUGUCUCAGCGUCAAUCUCUCUUCCCCUCACGACAACACUUGUCACUUGGACCGCAUUGAGUGCAUAUGGCCCAAGCACACGGCCAGGAACCGCCACUUUUGCUGCCAUCUUGUCAAUAGCAGCCCCUCUGGAGUCAAGAGUCAUUACUGGUAAUGGUGACUUCACGGUUUAUCCCAACCCUGGCGGCCCAACCACAGCCAGCGCGAAGUUUACUGGCAAUUCUCCGGACUCGUCCUUCCCAGGGCCGACUACAUCUAUAUCGCUGCAAUCAUCGGCAUCGCCAGCCCCCUCUUCAGGCUCUCUGUUAUUGUCGACCUCCCCAGCUUCGGUAGCAACAUCUCUGGGCUCUCCAUCCUCUUCCACCAGUCCCGUGUCUGUUGCUCAGCCUACACAAACCAAGACGCCCAUCGUCAUCAAGGGCUAUAGUACUGCUGAUCUGGUAGGAGCAGCAGUGGGAUGCGGGAUCGGAGGUGCCCUACUUGUCGGCGUGGCCGCAUUUCUCAUGUAUCGGAGGCGCAACAGGAGAAACCUUGUGACCGCUCGCGGGUCUGAAAAAGAGCGCUCUGAUCCAGUCGGCAGCAAUGAAGAUGUGGUCGUGGUAGAGACGCGAGCAUGGGGAAAGCACCUUCCACAGUCCGAAUCUGACCAAGCUGUCCGCAGUAUGGCCAGUCGCACUCUAGAUCAAAUUGAGAUGCACGUCGAGAACUUCUACCAGGACGCAACUAAUGUGUCUAUCAGCCGAGCAGCAGAGUCGGAGAUGCGAAAUUUGGACUCUAGCCAUUUGCCUGACUCUCUCUUGAAUCUCAUCAGGACAUCUCGCAGACCUACCUGUUUGAUCAAACAUUGCGUUGCCAAUCUGAUCCUGUCGCGGAUUGACUUCGAAAACGGUUCAGGGGACUCAUUUUUACCCGGCAGUAUGAUAGCUUUGGAAUCUUCGUCGACUGCACCGGAAAAGCCAGGUGAGAGAAAUCAUGUCUUUGGACGAGUCGGUGCGGCUGACCAGAAAUUAACAGGAUUUGCACAAGCUUUUGCCCAUUGGCGAGUCAUGUCCGCCUACCUCAGGCGAGAGCCGGAGCGCGACGAGGCUUAUCGAGAAGAGCGUGAUCGAAGAAUCACUACUGCUGCGACGAAGUUGUGCAUCGCUUUCGAGCCCUGGGCGCGCUCGGCGGAUAAUGCUCGUUUCCAAAGCAUUGUUGGCAUAAUGCAACGAGCCAGUGACUUGGGGAUCAUGUUGUUUUCACAGCCUGCUUCAUUCCAGUGGCAAUGGGAGACUGGAAACAGGGGUGGAGCAACUCAGAAUGGACCAGGACAGGUUGCCGUACUGCCAGGGCUCUACAAAAUGACGGACGAGGAAGUACACCGACUUGCGUCUCCGAUACACCUGAUUGAGCCUCGAUUAGGCUGGCAUGAUAAGUUUUAG